AAAACUCUGCUUAUUUCAUUGAGAUUUCUAGGCCACCGCCAGCACUUCAAAUGGGGAAGGUUUUUAUCAGUUGGGAGUCCUCCGCAAACAUUAUGACGCCAGAAACUCGCUUGAACAUUUUUCAAAAAAAAAAAUGACAGACCCGAAAAUUUCAGCAUUAUACGUGGCAGUUCAAGAGAUAAAUUCUCUAAUUCAAAAUGGAACGUCUUGCAGUCGAUCUCUCGAGGAAAAAAUUGUUGAGCACUUGGAAAAUAGCCAACUUUUAGGGAAAUUACCGAAAAACAACGGGGAUUCUCAUGAGGAGGUUUACAUGGAGGUCACCAAGCACGGACUUCGGAUUUCUUCGAGAAGAACACGAUUAGUGAAACUGAGGAUUCCACUGAUCGAGCUGAUACUUUUGACGACGUAUGCCGAUGGAUUUGGAAGAACCAACAUAGUCUUCGUCGAAAAAAGCACAACUACACGAUACCAACUCCAUCUUCUUCAGGCCACUGACGACGCUUCUUCUAAUAUUUUGUGUAAUUUAGUGAAGAACGCUUUCAUCGAAGCCGAGGAAGCCAGUGCUCUCAUCGAAGUAAUUGAGCCGCCAUCUCCGUCGAUUGCUUAAUUUUUUCUUUUUUUUUGCUUGUUACAUAAAAUAAAAAUUUAAUUUUUC